GCCACGAGCUCUCUUCUUCAGUAGUUUGACUGUUCCUUCCGCUGUAGCAAGAAGAGCAAGCCAGAAGAGCCGCCCCCUUCCUCCGCCCCCCUCGGCUCCCUCCCUGCGCUCGUGGGCUGUGUUUGGAGCCCCGUAAAGAGACGAACCUAGUGGGUUUUGAACAGCGCCAUGUUUCACGCCGUGAUGCAGCCGCAGGAGGAGAACCCCCAGGAGCAGGGAAUGGAGAAUCCCCGGGACGGACUCAAAAAGGAGAGGCUUUUGGAUGAUCGCCAUGAUAGCGGCCUGGACUCCAUGAAGGACGAGGAUUAUGAGCUGAUGGUGAAGGAGCUGAAGGAGAUCCGGAUCCAGCCCCAGGAGGAGCAACCCGGGCCGCCCCAAGAGCCUUGGAAACAGCAGGUCACCGAGGACGGAGACACAUUUCUCCACUUGGCCAUUAUUCACGAAGAGAAGACCUUGACUUUGGAAGUCAUCCGACAAGUGGCAGGGGACUUGGCUUUUCUCAAUGCUCAGAACAAUCUGCAACAGACUCCUCUUCACUUGGCAGUGAUCACCAAACAGCCAGAGAUUGCUGAGACACUCCUGAAAGCUGGCUGUGACCCAGAACUCAGGGACUUUCAAGGGAAUACACCUCUGCACCUCGCUUGUGAGCAGGGCUGCCUGGCUGGUGUAGGAGUACUUACCCAAUAUUGCCAAACCCAGGACCUCCUCUCAAUGCUACAAUCCACAAACUAUAAUGGUCACGGGUGCCUCCAUUUGGCUUCCAUCCAUGGCUACUUAGCAAUAGUAGAACAUUUGGUGUCCUUGGGAGCUGAUGUCAAUGCUCAGGAGCCCUGUAAUGGCCGAACUGCCCUUCAUCUUGCUGUAGACCUGCAGAAUCCUGAACUUGUAUCACUCCUUCUGCGGUGUGGGGCUGAUGUGAACAAAGUUACCUACCAGGGUUACUCUCCAUAUCAACUCACUUGGGGCAGAGAGAACACUACUAUUCAGAAGCAGUUGGGGCAGCUGACCAUGGAAAACCUGCAAAUGCUUCCAGAGAGUGAAGAUGAAGAGAGCAACGACACAGAGUCAGAAUUCACGGAGGAUGAAUUGCUUUAUGAUGACUGUGUGAUUGGAGGCCAACGCUUAGCACUAUGAACUGAAUGUAACUGAAAGAGCAUGAAGCUCUACUCUGUAUAAUUUGUACAAAAAGAUAUUUUAUUUUUCUAAAAACAUUUUAAAACACAAAAAAAAAUACACACAUGUAGGUUGGUCUGAAACACAUUGUAAUAGAAGGGUGUCUCACAGCCUGCCCUUGUGAAUUACUAUCAUGGAGUAAGGAAGAAGAAUGAAAGUUCAAAGAAAAUUUCCUAAGAGGCAUGUGGGGGUUUUGGAGAGUUCUUCCAGUAUUUGGUUUGCCCAAAAGAAUUGCAUCUUCAUUAUCAAGUAUUUUGCUGACUUGCUAACCUGGAUUCUAGUGACUGACUAUAACUGCUUUCUCUGGUUGUUAAUAGUCAGAUGAACUGAAAGGAAAAUUUUGAACUCUGUUAAAAAAUUGGCUUCUGAUCCUACCACCUUGUCAGUGAUGAUUGCACCCUCUUGUAAAUAGUGUAUAUUAUGUUUAUUUUGUUGGUAAUGUUUUGGUACUUUUAAGAUGUAUAUUUAUUAAACAGAUUUCUAUGUGCAGGAUCAUCCUAGUUGUUGGUGUUUUCUCUAUUCUCUUUAUAGAUGAUAGAGGAUUCACAUACUAUUCAGAUUAAUCAUAGAGUCAAGGGAGAAUACUUUAUAGAGUCAAGGGAGGGUGGAUGUAUUCCAGAGUAGAGAAGAGUAACAGUUAAUUACAAACAUCAGGAUACCCUAAUCCCAUUUGUUGCUUCUGAGAAGCACUGCACACACCAGCAAUCUCCUUUUGGCAAAUGAUCGAGAUAAAGAGGUAGCAGGCAUGUAGGGGUCCAUGUGAGAAUGACGAGCAAUCAUCUACGUUUUUCCUAGUUAGAGGAAACUUUAUGGGAUUUGAUGCUUUUUUUUUUUGUCAUUGCUAUCACUUUGCAAAAAUCACUACCACUCACCUACUUCAGUAUAAUAGAAAAUACACUCUUUUGUAUCUGAGGACCUGGCUUUGAACCCCAGCUCUGCUACUUAGUACUUAUGUGACUUGGGGCCAGUCACUUAAAUUCUGAGCCUCAAAUUACUCAUCUGCAAAAUGAGGAGGUUGAUCUAGAGGAUUUCUAAGGUCUAAAUCUACAAUAAAUUUUUAGAUCUAAAUCUAUAGGACUGUGUAACAAAGAAGUACAAUUAAGCAAAAUAAACUCAAUGCUUUAAGCAUAUCUUGAUAGCCUCAUUCCACACGUGGUGUUUGUUACUUCUAUAUCUUUAGGUUUUAUCAUUACCAAGGAAGAAACUUUAAGAAUGAUGUAACUUCAAAAGUAAUUGCAGGAAAUUUUAAUUUGGUAAGUUAUACAAAAAAAUCCAAGUACAAACCUUAAUAGAGAAAAUUAAAAGGGAAAGGUUUUUGUAUCUACAAUGGUGGUACAUAGUAGAUAGCUUAGUUCCUGUUGAUUGGAUGUAGGCAGAGAAUUCAGUCUGCAAGAAAUUGCGUGAAUAACUUCUGAAAGUACCUGUUUCUGUAAAAUGGAGAUAAUAUUGACACCAGAUUACUGGGAUAGUCAUAUAGAUUAUGAUACACGUAUAUAUACUGUGUGUGUAUGUAUGUAUGUAUGUAUGUAUAUAUGUCCAAGUAGUGUAGUGAAUAGACAACUUGUGACCUUAGAGUUAGGAAGACCUAAGCUCAAGGCCUGCCUCUUACUCAGAUGAACUUUGUGAUCCUGGGAAAAUCACAGAGCUUCACAAUACCUCUAGCCAGCUUUACCGAGUUGCAGAGAAGGUUGAAAAAGCCCUCACUGGGAGCUCCAGGAUUAAGUCAUUUUAAAAAAAGAAAAAGAAUGGAUAGGCAGUGAUAAUAGAAACGUAGAAUUGGAUUCAGAAUUGGAAAUGGUUUUUACAUCAAGUUUCAGCCAGUUUAUUGCAUGUAGGAUAGAGGUCGGUAAACACUGAUUUCCUGGGUUGUCCAUAGACAGGUUUUCAAAGCUAAUGUUGCAUAUCAGUUUUGGGACUACCUACACUGAUGUAUUUUGCUUGUGAAAAGGAAGAGGGAACACACUUUGUGAGACUACUUUUAAAACCUUUCAUGAAGUGCUGCCUCCAAAUGGGAAGAAAUUUUGGCAAAGAGGAGUACAUAAAAUACUAAAAGAUUACAAGGGAACUUAGAAAUUUGUUAGUAAC